CUUCCCUCUUUCUUUCCUUUUCAUUUUCUUCCAAGGUAGUUGUAUUCCUUAACACAAACCUCUAAAAUGCAACAAACACAUUAAAAAGAAUAUAUUUUUUUAGAGAACAGCGUUUGCUCCUCCACUGUUUCCCAAAUUAUAAGUAUAGUAAUCUUUUAUCCCUACAAAUCUCCAUCCAUCCAUUCAUUCAUCCCUCACUCUCACUCACUCACUCUGGUCACUGUCUUAGGAACCCUAGAACAAGAACCCUGAGACAAAAACAACUUUGGAUCUGUAAAGCCAAAGGGUUUCAAGUACUUUCUUUGCUAGCUUGUCUCCAUGGAUUCAAUUCAAGAAUUUAUGGAGUCGUGUAACACUGACAUCACCACCACCACCGCAACAACCACCAGCAACAGCUUAGUUGGUAGCUCCAAUUCCCCUUCUGCUUCCUCCACCACCAGCAGCCGCUACGAGAACCAAAAGCGCCGUGACUGGAACACCUUUGGCCAGUACCUCAAGAAUCACCGACCCCCUCUCUCCCUCUCCAGGUGCAGCGGUGCACACGUCCUUGAAUUUCUCAGGUACUUGGACCAAUUUGGCAAGACCAAAGUGCACACUCCGAUCUGUCCCUUUUAUGGGCACCCUAACCCUCCAGCACCAUGUCCAUGUCCUCUAAGACAAGCCUGGGGUAGCCUUGAUGCACUCAUAGGUCGUCUUAGGGCAGCUUUUGAAGAAAACGGAGGGAAACCUGAAACCAACCCUUUUGGAGCAAGAGCUGUGAGGCUCUACCUUCGUGAGGUUCGUGAACUUCAGUCCAAAGCUAGAGGAAUCAGUUAUGAGAAGAAGAAACGAAAGCGUCCACCACCACCACCACCACCACAACAACAACUACAACAAUCAUUGCCUCUACCUCUUCACCACCACCACCACCACCACCUCCCUCCCCCAGGUGCAACUCAAUGAGAUUCAAUUCUCAAUGGCCGCGCCAUUCAGCUAUUGUCAUCAUUCCUUGGAAAAUUCCCACUCUUCUCAACGCUUUUCCGGUCACUAUUUAUGAUCUCUACUUUAAGUAGUAUAUUUUAAAUUUAAAUUAGGGUUUUCAACUUUUCAUGAUUUUUAUGCUGAAAGAUUUUCUAAGUAGUAGUAGUCCAUGUAAGACUACUGGUGCUUGUAGUUUUUAUCCUGUUUUCUCUGGCAGCAACAAGAAAAGGUUAAAGAUCGAUGUUGUUGUGGGAUAUAUAAUAUAUCAUGAACCUGCUUUUAAAGAACACAGUGUGGUACUGAGAGUAAGACUGUUGGUGGGGGUACCUAAAAAGAGGUAGUGGAAGUGAAUGAAUGAAUAUACAACCAAGGAAGCCAUCAUCCUUACUGUGAGGAACCAAAAGCAACGCAUUAUUCAUAGUUUUCUUUAUGUAUGUAUCAAUGUAUGUACUUCUAUAUUCUAUAUAUCAUCUUAUAUCUCAAGCUUAAUUAGACUUGCAGAUUAUAUAUA